AUGUCUAAAGCUGUUGGUAUUGAUUUAGGUACUACAUACUCGUGUGUUGCACACUUUGCCAAUGAUCGUGUGGAAAUUAUUGCCAACGACCAAGGUAACAGAACAACACCAUCUUACGUUGCAUUCACAGACACCGAGAGAUUAAUUGGUGAUGCUGCUAAGAACCAAGCAGCUAUCAACCCAGCCAACACUGUUUUCGAUGCCAAGCGUUUGAUUGGUCGUAAGUUCGACGACCCAGAAGUUGUUAACGAUGCCAAGCAUUUCCCAUUCAAGGUUGUGAACAAGGACGGUAAGCCAAACGUGCAAGUUGAAUACAAGGGUGAGACCAAGGUGUUCACCCCAGAAGAAAUUUCCUCUAUGGUCUUGACCAAGAUGAAGGAAACUGCCGAGGCUUAUUUGGGUACAACUGUGAAGGACGCUGUCGUGACCGUGCCAGCUUACUUCAACGAUUCGCAAAGACAGGCAACCAAGGAUGCUGGUACCAUUGCUGGUUUGAACGUUUUGAGAAUCAUUAACGAACCUACUGCUGCUGCCAUUGCCUACGGUCUAGAUAAGAAGGGUUCCUCUGAACACAACGUUUUGAUUUUCGAUUUGGGUGGUGGUACUUUCGAUGUUUCUUUGUUGACCAUCGAAGACGGUAUCUUUGAAGUGAAGGCCACUGCCGGUGAUACCCACUUGGGUGGUGAAGAUUUCGAUAACAGAUUGGUGAACCACUUGGCCAACGAAUUCAAGAGAAAGAACAAGAAGGACUUGACCAACAACCAAAGAUCAUUGAGAAGAUUGAGAACCGCCGCUGAAAGAGCUAAGAGAGCAUUGUCCUCUUCCUCUCAAACAUCUAUCGAAAUCGACUCUUUGUUCGAAGGUGUCGACUUUUACACUUCCAUCACCAGAGCUAGAUUCGAAGAAUUGUGUGGUGAUUUGUUCAGAUCUACUUUGGACCCAGUCGAAAAGGUGUUGAGAGACGCUAAGUUGGACAAGUCUCAAAUUGAAGAAAUCGUUCUAGUCGGUGGUUCUACCAGAAUUCCAAAGAUCCAAAAGUUGGUUUCCGACUUCUUCAAUGGUAAGGAACCAAACAGAUCUAUCAACCCAGAUGAAGCUGUUGCCUACGGUGCCGCUGUCCAAGCUGCUAUCUUGACCGGUGACCAAUCUUCCAAGACCCAAGAUUUGUUGUUGCUAGAUGUCACUCCAUUGUCAUUGGGUAUUGAAACCGCUGGUGGUAUCAUGACCAAGUUGAUUCCAAGAAACUCUACUAUCCCAACAAAGAAGUCCGAAAUCUUCUCCACUUAUGCAGACAACCAACCUGGUGUGUUGAUUCAAGUGUUUGAAGGUGAAAGAACAAAGACCAAGGAUAACAACUUGCUAGGUAAGUUCGAAUUGUCUGGUAUCCCACCAGCUCCAAGAGGUGUCCCACAAAUCGAAGUUACAUUCGAUAUUGAUGCCAAUGGUAUCUUGAACGUGUCUGCAUUGGAAAAGGGUACCGGUAAGACAAGCAAGAUUACCAUCACCAACGAUAAGGGUAGAUUGUCCAAGGAAGAAAUUGAAAGAAUGGUUUCCGACGCUGAGAAGUUCAAGGCUGAAGAUGAAGCUGAAGCUGAACGUGUCCAGACCAGAAACUCUUUGGAAGCUUAUGCUUUCAGUCUAAAGAACACUGUUGGCGAAUCUGGUUUCAAGGAGAAGGUGGAUGCAGAAGAUGCUUCCAAGCUAGAAAAGGCUGUUGAAGAGACUAUCAGCUGGUUGGAUGCUUCUCAAGCCGCUUCUACUGAUGAAUACAAGGAAAGACAAAAGGAACUAGAAGAAGUCGCCAACCCAAUUAUGACCAAGUUCUACAGCGCUGGUGGUGCUCCAGGUGGUGCUCCAGGUGCAGCUCCUGGCGGUUUCCCAGGUGGCGCUGCUCCAGGUGGUGCAGCUCCAGGCGGUGGUGACUCCGGUCCAACCGUUGAAGAAGUUGACUAA